AUGACCCCAUGGCCUGUUACAGUUAUUGCCCAUGCCGGAAUGGAAAUGGGAGCAUGUUACUAUGGACUUCGUCACAGGAUUACCCACCUAGGGGCGUCUAGGGGCGUCGAUGCUAUAUGGAUUAUUGUGGAUAGGUUGACGAAGACAGCUCAUUUCACCCCAAUCAAAGUCACCUAUUCUAUGGAUAGACUGGCCCGCUUGUACAUUGAUAACGUGGUUCGCCUACAUGGAGUUCCAGUUAGCAUUAUCUCAGAUCGGGAUCCCAGUUACCAAGAUACUAUCGGGAGGGCACCCUUUGAAGCACAGUAUGGGAAGAAGUGCCGAACUCCCUUGUAUUGGGAUGAAGUAGGUGAGCGGCGCAUUCUUGGGCUGGAACUAAUCCAAGCGACCUGUGAGAAGGUAGAUUUGAUACACGAGCAAAUUAAAGCCGCCCAAUCUAGGCAGAAGGGAUAUGCAGAUCAAAGGCGAAAAGAUCUAGACUUCCUCAUUGGUGACAAAGUAUUUCUUAAGGUGUCGCCUACUAAAGGCAUGAUGCAGUUCAGCAAGAAGGGCAAGCUAAGCCCGAGAUAUAUUGGGCCUUAUGAGAUUCUUGCAAAGGUUGGACCGGUGGCUUAUCGGUUGGCACUCCCACCAUCCUUAGAUGAUAUGCACGACGUCUUCCAUGUAUCAAUGUUGCGGAAGUAUGUGCAUAACCCCAGUCAUAUUCUAGCUCAGGAACCACCAAAACUGGCAACAGAUAUGUCCUAUAAAGAACAGCCUGAGAAGAUUUUGGACAGUAAAGUGGUGAAUCUCCGCAACCGACCCAUUCAUUAUGUGAAGGUGAAGUGA